CAUGACAUCUCUUUGGUCGAUGCGGACGCUGAGGAGUGAAGCAUUCUGGGAUAUUGACACAAAUUGCAGCGAUGCUUUGGUGAAGAUUACUCAAGACUAAACACACAAAAUGAAGCGAGUUUUCACCCUCACAGACAGAGCUUGGUUGGGGUCCUGUCUCCUGUACAAAUGGCAGAAGACACUGGGGAAUUACAUCGCUGUCGCAGGAUCUGACAGCUCAGUGAAGAUAUUUGACAGACAUGGACAGAGGAAGAAUGAACUAAAUCUACCUGGGCGUUGUGUAGGGAUGGACUGGGAUAAGGACGGAGACAUCUUGGCAGUGAUCUCUGACAAGUCCAGCUCCGUUUACCUCUGGGACGCUAACGUCAACAAGACGUCGCAGAUCGACAGCGGCAUGAGAGACCAGAUGUCAUUCGUCCUGUGGUCGAAGACUGGGCCCCUAUUGGCUGUCGGGACCAACAAAGGAAACCUGCUGCUCUACAACCAACAGACGUCACGCAAGAUCCCUGUCCUGGGAAAGCACACUAAGCGUAUCACCUGUGGCUGCUGGAGUUCUCAGAACCUGUUGGCGCUGGGCAGCGAGGACUGCAGCGUAACCAUUAGCAACCAGGAGGGAGACACCAUCCGACAGACGUCGGUGCGUUCUGACCCAGCUGAUAUCCAGUUCUCUGUGAUGAAGACAGACGAGAGGUCUUCCCCAGGAGAGAGCACAGUGAGUGUUGCCGUGGGGAAGAAGACUCUGUUCCUGUUUAACCUCAACGACCCCGACAACCCCAUAGAGCUGGCCUUCCAGCAGCGCUACGGACACGUCAUCUCCUACCGCUGGUAUGGUGAUGGCUACAUCCUGAUAGGAUUCUCUCAGGGUUAUUUUGUGGUGAUCUCUACUCACAUCAGAGAGAUCGGUCAGGAACUGUUCCAGGCUCACAACCAUAAAGACAGUCUGACCAGCGUCGCCAUCUCCUCUGCUCUCAACAAGGCUGCUUCCUGUGGUGACAACAGUAUAAAGAUCCAUGAUCUGUCUGAGCUGAAGGAGAUGGACGCCAUCGUCAACCUGGAGGAUGAGACUAAAGGUCUGGACCAGUUGAGCUGGACAGAUGAUGGUCAGUUGUUGGCCGUCUCCACCCAGAGAGGAACCCUGCACGUCUUCCUGACCCGUCUCCCCAUCCUGGGGCACAGCUGUGGGACCCGCCUGGCCUACCUGACCUCCCUGCUGGAGGUCACUGUGUCUAACCGUGUAGAGGGGGAAGCUCCUGUUGCGGUGACGGUGGAGGUGGAGCCUAACUUCAUCGCCGUGGGACCCUACCACGUUGCCGUGGGGAUGAACAACCGAGCCUGGUUCUACGCCAUGGGAGACUCCGGUGUGGAGAGGCUGAAGGACAUGGAGUAUUUGGGGACGAUCGCCAGCAUGUGUCUGAACUCAGAAUACGCAGCGGCUCUGUUUGAGGGGAAAGUACAGCUACACAUGAUGGAGGGCGAGGACCAACAGGAACAGAGACAGACCAGGCUGUUUCCAGACGGAGACCGGAAAGAACACAUCAUCAGCCACGCCCUCACUAACGACUUCCUGUUCUAUGGGACUGAUAGGGGUGUGGUAGUGUGUAUCCUGGUGGAAGACUGGCAGGUGUUGAACGAGUACCGCCACCCAGUCGGCAUCAAGAAGGUGUUCCCCGACCCCAACGGAACGCGGCUGGCCUUCAUCGACGACAAGAGUGAUGGCUUUCUGCUCUCCCCUGUGGCU